AUGGACUACAUGAACCUGGGACUGAGGUCCCGUAAAACUGGUAUUGAUGUUAAACAAAACAUACCCAAGGAUGAAUACAGUAUGGAGAAUAUUGAUGAUUUUUUCAAAGAUGAUGAAACUAGUCUUAUCAGUAUGAGGAGAAAAAGCAGAAGAAAAUCAUCACUGUUUUUACCGUCAUCAUUAAACAACAACACCGAUAACGUAUUACCGCCAUUCCUACAGUCAUACCGACCUCAAGAAAAGGAAGCUGCUCAGAAUCCAUCCAGUAAUGACGGCUCAAGAAGAUCCUCUUUGUUAAGUCAUCAGUCCAGUUUUCAAAGCCCAGCUAAUGAAUUUGAACCCAUUCAGGAGGAUCCAGAGGAAGAAGAAAAAGGCAGCAGAAGCAAUGGGAUUGGAACGCCAAAAACCAACAAUUUAAGCAAGCCUAGUUUUAAAAGAAAAUAUUCUACCCAUUAUGACCUUGAUAUUUCGGAAGACCCCUCCGUGAGGUUGACUCCCGAUAGGAUAACUAAUAAAAACAUGUACUCAGACGUUCCUGACUUGGUUGCUGAUGAAGAUGAUGACGAUAGGGGAAACACUUCUUUAAACACAUCUGAUAAUGCGUUAUUAGAAGAUGAGUUAGAAGAUGACGGGUUUGUACCUGAAAGUGAAGAGGACAGAGACUAUAUUGGAAGUGAUUCUUCCCUGGAUUCCAGCUCGGAUUCCCCAAGUGAUGUUAAUGGUGAUGAUACUUACCAAGAAGUAGAAGAAGAGGCUCAAGUGAGUGAAAAUGAUAAUGAAGAUGACUAUAUAAAACGACAAGCGACCGAUGUGGUUCGAACAGACUCAAUAAUCGAUAGAAACGGACUGCGAAAAUCCACGAGAGUUAAAGUCGCACCUUUGCAAUAUUGGAGAAACGAGAAAAUAGUGUACAAGAGAAAAUCCAGCAAACCUGUUCUCGAUAUAGACAAAAUUGUCACAUAUGAUGAAUCGGAAGACGAAGAGGAAAUCCUGGCAGCUCAAAGAAAGAAAAGACAGAAAAAGAAACCUACACAAACUAGGCCAUACAAUUAUGUGCCUACAGGAAGACCAAGAGGUAGACCGAAGAAGAAUCCAAAUACAACAGAAAACCCCGUUCCAGAAGAUCCCAAUGAGGAGAUUAUAGAAAGGAUAGAAUCCGGAGGUAUAGAAAACGGAGAAUGGCUGAGACACGGGAUACUAGAGGCUAAUGUGAAAAUCAGUGACAAUAUUGAGGAGAUGAAGGACGAAAUCAUCGCAUUUGCACCUAACUUAUCACAAGCUGAACAAGUAAAAGAUACAAAGGAUGAGAAUUUUUCCCUUGAGAUAAUGUUUGACAAACAUAAAGAGCAUUUUGCAAGUGGGAUAUUAAAGUUGCCAGCCAUAUCUGGACAGAAAAAAUUAAGUAACUCAUUUAGAACUUAUAUCACAUUCCAUGUGAUACAAGGGAUCGUUGAAGUUACUGUAUGUAAGAAUAAAUUCUUGAGUGUCAAAGGUUCUACUUUUCAGAUACCAGCAUUCAAUGAAUAUGCCAUUGUCAAUAAGGGAAACGAUGAAGCCAGAAUGUUCUUCGUGCAGGUGACCAUUUCGCAAGACACUAAUGACGAUAAUGAUAAAGAUCUAGAAACCACUUUCGACACUUUCGGGUGA